GAAGGAGAACUACAACUACCAUCAGCCCCUGCGCUUCCUGAUACUAAACACAGCAUCAGCUUGCGCCGACAGAACAAAGUGUCAGCAGCUGCAGCACGACGACGGCCUCUGUGGUUAUGAGCAGUCCCAUGGCCGGCUCCGCCGCCUCCAGCUCUAAAGACCGUCCAGUCUCCAGGACCAGUUUCAUUCCAGAGCUACAGAGCAUGAUGUUUGCUUUGGGAGACGCUCGCCGGCCUCUGCACGAGACGGCAGCUCUGGUGGAAGACAUCGUGCACACGCAGCUCAUCACCAUGCUGCAUCAGGCCUGCGAGGGGGCGACUCUUCGUGGGUCGAGGGUCAUUUCAGCCGAGGACAUCCUGUUCCUGAUGAGGAGGGACAAGAGGAAGGUGGCGAGAUUAUUAAAAUAUCUCCAGUUCAGAGAUUAUAAAUCCAAACUGCUCAAAAGUCUGGAGGACGACGACGCGCAGCAGGAAACAGCGACAGCGGCAGCAGGCGGGAACCAGCGCAGGCAGCGAUUGGCUCAGGACUUUCUGGUGUGGAUGGAUCAGACCGGCGACCUCCUGUCAUUGGCCGAGCGGCAGGAGGUCGACCCUGUUAAACAAGAGCGGAUGGAGCGUUUGGAGCGUCAGACUCGAGCCAUGGACCAGGCUCAGUACUCGGAGUUCUGCGAGAGUCGGCAGCUCAGCUUUGCUAAGAAAGCGUCAAAGUUUCGGGACUGGCUCGACUGCAGCAGUUUAGAGCUCAAACCAAACAGCAUCGCCAUGGAGAUCCUGUCGUACCUGGCGUAUGAGACGGUUGCCCAGAUUGUGGAUUUAUCGCUGCUGGUGAAACAGGAAAUGGCGGCCAAGACUAAUCCCAUCAGUCAUGUGAUCUCUGCCAGCUACAUCCAGUACAACACACACACUGAGGUAAAGAAGGAUCCAGACUCACCUGAAGCCACACCCCCUUCCACACCAGGCUCCUCCCACUCAUCGAAGCCCCUCCUACAGGGUAACGGCAGUCUGGACAGCCGGGCGAGACAGAGGAAACGCAAAAAGAGCUGUCCGGCUACAGUUGAACCUCCGAGUGGAGCCAUCCAGCCCUGUCACAUCAGAGAGGCGAUCAGAAGAUACAACUACAGACACACAAGUGCGUACUGGAGGAGUGGGAUGGCGUUCCUCGCCUGCUGAAGACUCGACACUUUCUCAUGAAGUUUAUUUUUUUUGUUCGACUGUUUCUAAUAAAGACUUUUCUGUAAACUC